GGAAAUUAAUUAAGGAAAUAAUAAAGAAAACUGCUCGGAUCGAAAGCGGAGAGGAAGAAGGGAAACCAAUCUCGGCGUCGGAGUUCAUCAAGAUUUCCCAUUAUCGGAGGAUUUGGACUUCGAGACGAAGAAACGAACCGGUACUCUCCUCUGAAAUUCCAGAUCUUGCUCUCCUCCUUCCAUGGCGAAGCACAGGCAACCUCGAUUUCCUUCUCGGAAGUCGUCUUCUUCUUCUACUCUCAUAUUUACCUUGCUCAUUAUGUUCACCUUCGUCAUUCUGAUUCUUCUUGCCCUUGGAAUCCUCUCGAUCCCUGGAAAUUCUGGCGCGCCCAAGGCUCAUGAUCUGAGCUCGAUCGUGCGGAAAACUUCCGAUGAAGUUGACGAGGAGAAAGGUGAGCAGUGGGCUGAAGUGAUCUCAUGGGAACCUAGAGCCUUCGUUUAUCACAAUUUUCUGACAAAGGAGGAAUGUGAGUACCUAAUCAGCCUUGCCAAGCCUCACAUGCAAAAAUCUUCCGUUGUUGACAGUGAAACUGGAAAGAGCAAAGAUAGCAGAGUUCGUACUAGCUCUGGAACAUUUUUGCCCAGAGGACGUGAUAAGAUUAUUAGAAACAUAGAGAAAAGGAUUGCUGAUUUCAGCUUCGUACCCGUAGAGCAUGGAGAAGGACUUCAGGUUCUUCAUUAUGAAGUGGGACAGAAAUAUGAACCUCAUUUUGAUUACUUCCUUGAUGAAUACAAUACAAAGAAUGGAGGUCAACGUAUAGCAACAAUGCUUAUGUAUCUCUCGGAUGUUGAAGAAGGAGGCGAGACAGUGUUCCCUGCUGCCAAAGGAAACUUUAGUUCUGUACCUUGGUGGGAUGAGCUUUCAGAUUGUGGGAAGAAAGGGCUUUCUGUUAAACCGAAGAGGGGCGAUGCGUUACUUUUCUGGAGCAUGAAGCCUGAUGCCUCUCUAGAUCCAUCAAGUCUGCAUGGUGGUUGCCCUGUUAUCAAGGGGAACAAAUGGUCUGCUACCAAAUGGAUGCGAGUAGAAGAAUACAAAGCUUGAGUGGAUGCGACUAAGGUGUGGUUGAAUUUUCUUGUUAUUGCUGAAAAUCAGAGAUGCAUUUGCUGUAGGGAAAACCACCAUUUCUAUAAUUUAACCUAUGAAUUUUGCUGUGCUUAAUGUUUUAAUUAGGAGCUUACAUUGUGAUUGAUUUCUUGUUUAUGGCCACGGAGUGAAUAAGAGUUCAUAUUUUUGCUAGAAAUGCCACUUCCAUAUGUAAAAAGAACAAAGAUUUUAAGCUUGAUGUACAGCUCCCUUGCUGCAACAUUCUCGUUUAUUUUCUAUUUGAUACUACUUUAUAUUCUGUGUUCA